GCACAAGUGACAGACUCUUCGUCUAUGAGUCAGUGCCAUUUAGCUGAAAUCGUUAGUAUCUGAUUGUAGUUACCUAAUCUGAAUCAGGUGAUUAAACCUGAUAGCACAUGACAGUCACACCUUCGAUAAUGGUUUUAUGUCUACGUGAGCAGAGGCAUAGUCUGCACUUUGGUCGUGGUGGAAGGCAUGCAUCAGAGGCCACUAAUCUCUACAACAACACUUACAAUUUUUCUCUCACCCUGUGCAAGUACAACCCCAUACCAAAGGCCUCUAAUCCCGUGGAGUCUGAGACUAACGAGGGACAGAGCAGAUCCCCUGUGCACUCUGUCUCUCUUCUAUCGACCGCGCUGUAGGAGUACCCCUACGCUUACGGCCUUUUCCGACGCUGGUGUCUUUCAGCCAGCGGAUGCCAGAGGCUGCCGGUCUGGGCAGGUGUGGCCCCGCAGCUGGCUGAGCCAUGGGGAACGAGAACAGCACCGCCGAGGCGUUGCCAGAAGAGGGCACUCCAGAAAAUAUUGUUCUGUUUCCACCUCAGGAAAAUCAAAAUGACUCCGUACAGACCGGAACACGGAGUGAGACCGAGAGAGACGACGCAACGCUGCUGACAGAAGCGUCCACCAGCCAGCGCGGCAUCCCGUCCCUGCCGCUGCUCCCGGACGUCCCAGUCGUCACCGGAGUGGAGGAGAGCGUAGGUGGAGCAGCAGCAGACCAGGAGGACAAGGAGGAGCUGGAGUUUCCUCACGACCUGCUGCCCAGUUUAGAUUUCAGCAGCGAGUUCAACAUCUGGGAGUCCUCACUCGGAACUCACUUUAGCUCAGGUGAGGGAAAAUGUGAGCAGGUGAACCCCCUGCUGGCGGGCCUGCAGCAUCACAUGGAAGUCAGUGGACCACCGGUGGUCCCUGACCCAAGGCCUCAUGGCUGCGACCCAGUUAUCACAGAUGUCCAGCCUUCACCUCGGCCCACUGCCACACCUUACCCGGGCGGCCGACCCCUGACCCCUUCCUCAUCCGUCGUCUUAGACCUGGAACUCCAAGAGGCCUUUAAGGAAUGUGAAGAACAAAUGGCAUCACUGGGCAUGCUCACUCCCACGGAGCGCCACAGCCCAACUAUGUCUGAGACGGUUAACGAUGCAGGGAAGACGGCUGGAGAAGGGACGGUUAAUGAGUCUAGUGAGUCAUCGUCAGUGCCUCCAAUCACGGUCCAGCCAGGGCAUAGCAACGGGGGCCAUGGAAACGAGAGUACACAUGGAAACAGUGAGGCAGCAAACAGUCAGAAGGAUACAGUUGUGUUUAGUUUCAGGAAUUACAUACUGGGCACUGAGGAUAGAGCAGGGACAGAAGAGACAGGCGGGGAAACAAAAGCAACUCAGAGUCUGGUUGAAUGUGCAGAGACUGAGCCAGAGAAAGAAACGGAGACGGAUGAACCGAAGCAAACGCCCCCGUGCACACAAUUAGAAAUAGCAACAGAUUCAUGUAAAGAAACGUCCAAACAUGCUGCGUUCAGUGAACAGGGAAAGGAUCUAAGGGAGGAUCAUGUUGAUGCAGCUACUGAGGAGUGGAAAACAGUGGCUAGGGAGAAAGGCACCGAGGCGAACGUAACGAAGGAAAGUGAUGAGAUUAACAUUUGUACAGUUGAAACCAAUACCGAUAAUUCAGUUAUAGGUUCGUCAGAGUGCAGCGCUCAGUUAAAGGGUAAAGACACAUUAUUAGAGCUGCGGUCAGAGGCACAGGCCCCAACAGACGAACACGCGGAGAAGAAGGGGUCAGAGUCAGAAGCUGCGAAACAGACGAGUUCAAAGAGCGACAAACAGACCGAGCAAAAUAAAGAGGCAAAGAAAAAGAAACACAGGAAAAAGAAGAAGACGGAGAAGAGCGCUGCAAAGUCUGAAAAUCAAGAGCAGCCUGCGUCGCUCCUAAAUACAGGAAAUCACACAGAUCCUCUAGUAUGUGAUGAAUCAGUGUCAGAGGCACAGGAUGUGAGAUGUGGGGAACAGCCUGAUAAUAGCAUUGAUUGCCAGCAGCAGCCGAGUCCUGAGGGAAAACCCAUAUCCAGCCCCCCACUAUCAUCCUCUCACAGCGGGUCGGAUCAUCUUACACCCCCAGCCUCUUCACCUGUGUCCAACCCCGCUCUUUCACAGAGGCCUCAUCAGUCACACAACCAGGACACACCAAGUUAUUAUAUGCAUCAAGUGGAGCCACAUGUAACUGAUAAUCAAAAGACACCCACAACAUUCGUCCAAACUGCAGUCAUCGAUCCAGCUGCUUCCAGUGAUCAGAUAUCAGGUGCACAAACGGAGGAGGCUGUAGUUACCACAGGCACAGAAAUACUCACUCGGGAGGAUCAGAGCCCACUCUCCGGCAGCACAAGUUGUGUGGGAGAGAGUAGCGUGGAAAGCGCCCUUGAAGAGGCUUUAGUGGUGGUUGCUGCGUUGCCACUGACAACACCCACACUGCCAGCAGUGAUAGAAAGCAAGAGAGAGGGAGAAAGCGCGAGGCGUGAUUCACUGAAGAGAGAGGCUAGUGAAGCGAUUGCAGAGAGUGAGAAAGAAGUAGGAGAAAAACAAUUCAUAGGAAUAGAAAAGUGCCUCAGCGCUGCCGAUGGAGACGGAGGCGAACUCCUGGGCAGCUCUCCUCAGCUCCCGUUAAUCGGUUCACAGGGAAAAUGCUCACUUGCAUUCUCAGCCAAAGAGGGACAGGCUGCCUGUGAGAAAAGCUGCAGCAGCAAAAUGCCACACAACUCUUCAGAGGCUGAAAAUAAGGGACCGACGGACACGACGGUGCACGUUUCAGACACGGAGAUCUCGCCAGCCGAGGAGGGAGAAGCAGAGAGGGAGCCACUCCGGUUAGAGGCAUUCAUCAAUACUUCUCCCCUUGGGCUACUCACUGGUCCUGGUUGUCAGGAUCACAGAGCUGCCGGAUCGGAGAAAGCAGGGGAGGGAGGAGGAGGAGGAGGAGAGGAGGUGGGAGAGAAAGGAGGGCUGGCUAGAGUGCACAGUUCAUUCAGCCAGCCACAAGGCUCUGCUACUGGGGUGUCAUCAGACAAGACUGAAACGUGUCCGCCCACCGAUGUUGCCGAGUCACAGCUGAAGUCACAGAGCGAGCCGACGGUUACCAUCACUGAGAGCAUCAGCACAGAACAGGACCGUCUCCUUCACCCCUGCCAGGAGCAGAGUAGCGCAGCAAUUGCACCUCUCCCCACUCCCACUGAGCAGAGCUCCAGCAGCAGCACGAACGGAGGAGGAAUAAGGGCUGAUCUCAAACUGAACUUGAUUUCGGAGGAAGCGUCGUCUCUGGGACGCACUUGUGAGGAGUCACCCGUCGUGGAAACAAACUACAGCCAAGUCUCCCUGCCUUCAAUCUCACCUCAGCCUUUGACUACUUCACAACAAAUCCCAGUCAAGCAACAAGAAAGCAACAAUCAACAAGUUCAGCCUAGUAGCACAACAGAAGUAAGGACCGCCGAAAGUGCAGCUGAGUUCCAAGUCGAAGCUCAUAUCCAGAGCAACAGCGACAGCCCUGCUAUGUCUGGAGUGGGUGUGUAUUUAUGUGACAGCACUAGAGGUAACAACAGAGUUCACUUUGCAGACAAUGUGAAGGGAAAGGGCAGUUCUUCUGUGGACCACAGGAACAUGUCAGGGGCGACUUUGGACUGCGCCUCUUUGCCACCGCUGACUGUUCACGAGAGUUUGCGGUAUCCUGUUGUUGAGGCUAGCUACACCUUUUCAGACUAUCUCAGCCCAAAGAAGCCAGAAGUCCCCACAAAGCCAGCUCCUACCAAGGAUGACACAGCAAUACGGAGCUCAGCCGAUUCUCCAAAGCCACACACUGAUGUGCAGUUGGAUAAAGGUGAUAUGGGAAAUAAAGAUACGGAGGAGAACUCUGCUAUAGAUCACUCAGGUAAUGACAGCUUGGAGACCAACACUGUAGAUGUACAGUCGGUGACCGAGGCCAGCGCAAAACAGCUUCCACGUCCCACUGAGAACAAUCAGACUGGUGAUGGAGAGUUCUCUGAGCUUUUACAAACACCAGGAAGUGUCAUUUCUCAGACCCAUCAUCCAGCAGUUGAAGCAGUGACAGCAAAGGUGACAGAGCAAGAAGAGACGGACGCAGGUGCUGUAUGUCAGCGUUUACCUGAGGAUAAGGAAACCACUGUGUUAACUGCAGAUUCUAAAGACGCAGUCAAAAAUGAACUGUCCCACGAGUCACCUUUAAUAAGUGAUAUCCCAAUCAAUGUGGAAGAAAAAGAAGGGACGCAGCAUGAUGUUUCGUCUAGUUUUGUGCUUCCAGUUGACGAUGUUUCCCGCGAGCCUUUAACUGAUGUCUCUGCUGAGCUCUCUGUCGGGCAGCUUCCUGCUGAUCAUGACCCCACUUCAAAACCUGAACCUGUGACCUUGACCUGUGCAACCUACUCUGCUCCCAGUCGUCCACCUCUCACCCAGUUAGACGAGACACCUCCUAGUGGACUAGUUAACACAAAUGCCAUUGACCAGCCCAAGUCCACAAUUGACUCAGCUAAUCUGACAAAGGAUGAAUCACUGACUUCAGAAGAGACAACCUCUGACCAAUCAAGUUCUGUCACUAAUCCUGCUUUUGUGCUGCAGCCUCCUGGCCCAAUGUUGAGUCAUUUGGAGUUCAUUAGUGACAGUGAUGUAUCCCUUCCUGGGCAGACAGAUAACAACAGUACUGGUGGUGACAGCACCAGCGUCUCCGGAGAGGUGGACGGCAGUCAGCGCAGAGAAGUGACACAAGUGUGUUUAGCACAUGAUCUGGAGUGCAGUGAUGUUAAAGCAGAUGAGAUUUGUCCAAUCAUGGAGGAUAGAAAUGAUGCUAAGGAGUCUGUAGCGGGGAAUUCUGUUACCAAUAAUCUUGUAACUCCCUUUUCACAAGUGGAAAAUCUGCCUCCUCCGUCUGUGCCUCCUGGUGCGGAUGAUGUUCAGGCAAUGGGUGAAUCUGAUAAAGUAAUUUCCCUAACUCAUGCUGAGCCAGACUCUACUGGCAUUAAACCUGUUAUCUGUGAAGCAUCCAUUAGGGAUGACCUCUUAAAUGCUAGCUGCCCACUCAGCCCUGACUUGCCUACCGAUGAGGCUUAUAGUAAAACUGCCCAAGAAAAUGUGAAAGAAGAACACAAAGUGGGCGAUGAGACCUCGGUGCUAUUUGAAGAGAAAAAGAAACAAGCUGGUGAGGAAACAAUGGAUAAUCAAAAGGAAGCAGCAGAGAGCAACAAGCUGCACACAGGAAACAAUGGCACAACACCACAACAGAGUAAUGGAACAGAUAAAGAGGCUGUGGAGAAAAUUGCAGCCCCGCAGCCACCACUUAAACAUAAAGUACAAAAGACUGAGUCACCAUUAAGUGAAACGUUUUCCUUAUCUACCAGCACACCUGCAUCUGAAGAAGUGCUACGCACUGACUCAAGCGCUGAACCUCAGACUGUUUAUGACCAGAAUUUGCACCAAACUCUGGCAGCGACACUGGAAUGCAGCUCUGACUCUGCACCAGAUUCAAGCGUAGCUCUUGGCCAAUCGCAGUCCGCACCCGAACCCGACUGUUUUGCUCGGCAACAGGAGCAACAGCAGCAGCAACGGCGGCUGGGGUCCAGACAUCCCACAGAAGAAUUGCCAGGUGGCUGUCUAGAGAGGGGAGAAAAGACAGACAGCGAGACCCAAGCAGUGGUUCGGGGAGUGAAAGGGGCGACAGAGGAAGCAGAUGUGCCUGUUGGGAGUUUGUGUCAGUUGGGAGGCAAAGAAGAGCUGGUGGGCGAUGACAGUAUUGGUAGUGAAGGAGUGAUGGGUGCAGAUAAAGGUGAGGCAGUGUUACCAGGGGUUGAAGGGGCAAAUGUGCCAUCUCAACUUGAUUUAAAUGAGACAGGUAGGACGGCUGAGAGAAAUACCUCAUGUGACACAGAGACAGUAACAACUUCCUCUCACGUAGGUGAUACAACACAGGAGAUAGAUGAAAAGGAAAGCUCUGGGUUAGGGGGAGGUGGGUCAGAUGCAGAUUUAGUGCCUGACACCGCAUUUGUGAGUGAUCUGGAUGGUAAAGGUCAGCAAAAAAGUCACGUAUCAGCCGCCUGUCAAGACCAAUAUGUUGAACCUGGAACGUCAAAGAACAAAGCUGUAUCUGUUCGGUCUGCGUCACAGCAGCAUGAGACCUCUCCUCCCCAAACUUCUGUCUCAUCAAAGGCCGGCACAGAUAGUGAGGACAUUGAUACACCCGUAAUUCCAAGUGCAAAGCAGGCUGAAGAAAUUCAUGCAAAGGUAUUCAGUGCUCUGCCAGAUCCUACUGGGCAACCAGGAAGUGGGGAAAAUGCUUUCAGCGCUGCCACGGCCGUGAACGGCAACAGUAGUGAAAGUGGGGAGUGUGAAAUUCAGGAUACAGUGUGCGUGCCCCUUGAGCAGCAGAGCUCCAAUAAAACUUUAGCCACACAAAGAAGCCCAGUAGUACAAACGCCCAUAAAAGGCUCUGAGGUGAUCACAAAAGAAGAUAAAGCAGCUUUGGACGGAGAGAAAGUUAACAGCCAGGGAGAGGAACAAAGUGAGAUUAAAAUAAGGGACAGUGAAGGAAUGGAGAAGCAGGGGGCUGUAAAUUUAACCGGGAACGCUAAAGAAGACAGUGGCUCGGGGUCGGUCAAAGCUGCAGGCCCCUUUCAAAGUGGGGUGUCAAGCAGCUCUGAAACAUCUGUUUGUCCCUCUGAAGGGAGCGUUGGUGCUCCUAAGGCAGCAGAAAUAGACAAUGAUCAAACAGAUUUCACAUCUGUUGUUUUGUCAAAGUGUCAGGAAGACUUUUCAUCAACCUCCACUGUGGCCCCGAUACCGGAUGACCAGGUGUCACUGUCAAAGCCCCACAGUGAUAUUGUGGAAACCCCCAUUGUCACUGCUCCUGAGCGUGAAACAGAAUCUCCUGAAAAAGCUCCUGCCUGCAGUCCUCCUGUUGAACAAGUGUCUGUGAACAUAGAGGCUGUUGAUGUGUCAGAGCGUCCCGCUCCUGGACUAACGGUCCAGGAACCAGAUACAAACUGGAUAAAGGCGCUAAAAGAAGCCGCCUCCCACUCUCAGAGUGAACAAGUGAACAGACUGGAGACCUCAAGACCCCUCCCAUCUCUGGAGUCUCCACAGCUAGAGUUUCUCACUCCCACUGAAGACUGUGCUCCUCCGAGACAAGAGGAGAUCCCACCAGAGGUUCAGGCGGCAGAGGAGACGACAGAAAUCCCAUCUUUAAACCUUCCGAAGAAGCCAGUAGACCUUCCUUUGCCUUUGAAAAAGGCAGCAGAUCUACCAGAACCAACACGGAAAGCAGCAGAGCUUCACGAACCAGAGCAAAGCACAAAAGUAGAGCUCCCAGAAGUGGAGAUAAAAACCGAGCUUUCAGGGGCAAACGAGAAAGAAGAAGAGCCUCCAGAAGAGUUUAAAGAGCCAGUAAGUUCUACAGAAGCAUCAGAGGAGCAGGCGGAGGUCUUCGAACCAACGAAAAGGACAGAAGAGAUCCCAGAGCCGACAGAAAAUGAGAUAGAAUCCCUAGAAGAACCAACAAAGGAUGAAGAACCAGAAGCAGCAAAGACAACAACAGAGCCCCCGCAACCAGAGAACAAGCUGGUCAGUGAGCUGCCAGAGGAGCUAGUGGAAAUACCAGCACAGAUCCCACCUGUGGAGCCAUUUCAAGUCCCAGCUGAGAAAACUGCAGUGACAGAAACAGUUGAGAUUCCUACUGCAGAGCCACAGGACAGUUGGCCCUCCCUCGCUGAGCAGUCAGAGAGGGGUCACCCUGCCCCUGCCUCUCCCCCACCUCCCGCCUCCGAGCACCACCCUCCGUCUGCCCACCCUCCUCACCUCCCAACUCCAACACCACAGGAGAGUCACGCACUUGAAGCUCUAACGACCCCGCCUGCCUCCCCCCUCCUCCCUCCCCCAGCCCCUGCCUCCCCUCCUGCGCCUUCUGACUGUGAGGACCAUCACCCUGCCUCUGCGCCCUGCCCUGUCCCACUAAGGAGCUCAGACUCUGAUGGAGCUUUUGAAACCCCUGAAUCUACAACUCCAGUAAAGGCUGUUUCUCCCGCUGAACCCCAGAGAGAACAACUUCAUGACAAAGACACCUUGGAUGGUGUUCCUGCCGCUGGGUUGACCACAGGUGAUCCGCCCGGUCUUUCUUCGUCCAGUGCUUUCGAUGAGGACAAGCCCAUUGCUGCCAGUGGUGCAUAUAACAUUGAAGUUUUUGCCACAGAGGCCACAAGUCACACUCUGACCCGUUCUCUCAGCCUCCAAGGGGCAGACCUUGAUAGUUCUAGUCUGCUGGAUGGAUCGCUGUCUGGGGGUUACCGUCCACAUUCUGAAUCCUUCAGCGUAGGCACUGAGAGUGCCCCGGGGACGCUCCGCAGGCCCAAGAAAGUUCGCCCUGGAUCUUUAAAGAAGAAGCCUCUCCUCAGACAGAACUCCAAUCCGGAGAGUGCAAGCCCAGCCUCAUCCAGCAGCACCCCAGAAAUCAAGAAGCGGGCAAAGCCUCUGACUGCCAGCCCUCUCCCAGCUCAGGAGGAAACAGAAGGAGGCUCUGCGACGCCAAGCCCUGGAGGAACUCUCCGAAAAACCAGGAAAAGCCGCGUGCAGACUCCUCCUCCUCUGCCCGAGGAGACCAGUCAUAUCAGUCAAGAGGAGCGCAGUGUUGUGCCAGCCUUACCCUUGUGCCAGGAGGAGGUCCCUCUCCCUGGUAGUCUGACAAACGAAGAAGACUCCCCAAUCCCGCCCAGUGCAUCCUAUCAAUGGGAUCCAGAGAACUUUGAGAACAUCGACCCUUUCAAAACUGGAGGAAGUAAAAUUGCCAAUUCCCCUGAUCUGGGUCGUAAAGCUCCUGUGUGUGGCCCUAUUCCCACCCCUCCAGAGAGUCCCCCUGUUCCUGCUGUGGAACAACGUCUCCCCCAUUCCCCCGUUCCCCCCAAAGAGCCAGUCACCAACCCUGAGGAGCAGCCCAUUAUUCCCAAGCGCCAGCCAGUAAGACUGGAGUUUGACUACUCCGAGGAGGGCUCUGAGGCGUCACAUCAGGCCUCUCCUCCGCUCAAAAAGGUGGGAAAGAAGCCCGGUGCCAAGAUGCCUCUGAGGAAACCAAAGCUGGGGCUGAAAAAGGCACCUCCGCCAACAACGGAGCCGCUAGACAACACCCCUCAGGCACAACACAAUGGCAAUGAGGAUGAGAUCCCUGUUCCUAAAGCAGCUUACAACUUUGAGCCUGACAAAUGGGACGACCCAAACUUCAAUCCAUUUAGUUCAAAGAAAGGUAUCGCCAAUUCUCCAAAACUACCCCGGCCGUCUUAUACCUUUGACCCCAAUAACUUUGAUGACUCCAUAGACCCUUUCAAAUCCUCCAGCAAUAUAAGUAACUCCCCGCCGAAGGCAUCAGCGUCCUAUGAGCUGUCAUCCAAUGACAACGAUAAUGAAAAUGACAAUGACAACGUCGGGGAACUGGAGGACCAAAACCAGAACAAACCGGCCAAGAAGAAGAAAACGCCUAUCAAAUCGAAGUCCAGGGGUGUGUCUUCUCUAUGUUGUCUGUUUAACACUUUCAGAGUGAAGAGGUCACCAAAGAAAUCUCCGCUGUCUGACACAUCCCAGGAUCCUGCGGAUGAGCUUCACUCACAGGAAGACCACGCCACAGACGAGGAGAAGCUGGCCUCCUCCACCAAUCAUAAGUGGGCAGCCCUCCACGACAUGGACUCAGAUUUGAACUCAGACCAGCAAGACUUCCCUCAGCCAUGUGACCUUACUUCUUUUGUUAACGAGAACAGUCUUCCUCAGGAGACUCCAGUGCAAGACUAUGAAAUUGAGUACAUGGAGAAGAUUGGCUCUGCUUCGCCGCCACUGUCUGUGAAGAAGCCUUCUUUGUACUUAAAGUUGGACUCGGUAUCCGACAACUUAACCAAAAAUACACAUGGAUCUGAACCCAGCUCCCCCUGCACAGGGAGUUUUGAGGAGAUGGAGGCCCAGAUAACAGCCGGCAUGAAGACGCCGGUGCUGAGUUCCCGGCCUGGUCCCGAGGGCUCUGCUGGGGGGGACAAGGGCAGGAAGAGGGAGAGCGAGGCGCUCAGCCGAACACAGAGCACAGAGAGGGAAGAGCAGCCCCCUAGCCAGGGCCCUGUGGAGGCCCCUGCUCCAGCCACGGCCAUGCCCCUGUUAGACAGGCUGUCUGAGUGUGAUGACCCCCUGCAGUACCUGGAGCCUGACCUGGCUGAGACCAACCCCACCGCAUUCGCCCAAAAACUACAGGAGGAGCUGGUUCUUGCUGCCCUGAGGAUAGAGGCUCUGCAGGUAGCCAAAAACAUCUCUCAGUGCCCCUCCCUCUCCACUGUAACCCCCCAGCACAGAGACGUGGCGUCCUCGGCAGAAAGUGCCGUGUCGAUGAACUCGCUCUACGCCAGGACCGCCGCCACCAGCUACAUCGAAGGGGAGAGUCCCCACCUGCCCAGAGAGCUGGACCACUCACUGGGAAUUGCGCGAGAGGAGAUUGUGACAAAGGAGAAAGAAGUGCUUGAGUGGCAGAGGAAGUAUGAAGGCAGUCGACAAGAGGUGGUGGAGAUGAGGAGAAUUGUUGCCGAGUAUGAGAAGACAAUUGCCCAGAUGAUCGGCAUGCCAGAGGAUGACCAGAAGGAGAAAUCUCUCUCCCACCAUACCAUCCAGCAGCUCAUCCUGGAGAAGGACCAGGCCUUGGCCGACCUCAACUCUGUGGAAAAGUCCCUGGCCGACCUUUUCCGUCGCUAUGAGAAGAUGAAAGAUGUGCUGGAGGGUUUCCGCAAGAACGAAGAGGUAUUGAAGAAAUGCGCUCAGGAGUAUCUGUCCAGGGUCCGCAAGGAGGAACAGAGAUAUCAAGCCCUGAAGAUUCACGCGGAGGAGAAAUUAGACAGGGCCAACGCAGAGAUAGCUCAGGUGCGGGCCAAGGCCAAGCAGGAGCAAGCUGCCCACCAGGCCAGUCUGAGGAAGGAGCAGAUGAAGGUGGACUCCCUGGAGCGCACGUUGGAGCAAAAGAACAAAGAGAUCGAGGAGCUGACGAAGAUCUGCGACGAGCUGAUUGCCAAGAUGGGGAAAAGUUAGCGGCCGCACUACGACCGGCCAAAAAGGAAGCGGAUCACUCUUCCGAGGACUGACGGACGCCUAAACCCCAAAGUGGUCUUUUAUUUCCUACUGACUUUGUGUAUACAGGAUCCACAGGAAUGGCUUCCUCUUAAUUAAUCUGUACAUUUUUGAUGUGUCAGUGUAUCGUACUGUAUCAGGGGUCUGAUUUAAAGUUUUAGCAAAUCUAUCAUAUCACUUAUGAGUGCGUUUGCGUGUGUGUGAGAGAGCGAGUGUAUGAUAAUGAGAAAGUACAAGCGUUGUUUGUGGGUUAAAUGAUCUAUUAUGAUGUUGCCAUGACAGCCACUGAGGGAGAAGACUGUUUACCCGCUCCUGUUAUCGUCUCCUCUUACAACAAGAGAAAGAUAGGUUUUGGAAGAAAAGAAAAAAAAAGAAAAAAAAGCGUUGCUUAGAUUUAUUCAUGAAAUGUUGAAUUACUAAGAGAACACCCGCUAUCACACUAGCAACUUGCAUGUGAGAGACAAAGAAAGAAAAAUAAAUCUUGUAAUGUCUAAUGUUUGUAUAUACUGCAGUAAAGUGUGAAAAAGACUCAUUUUUGAUAGUCACGCCGUCAUCCACAGCCCGCCGCCCCUCAUGUAACCGUGUAGAUAUUUGUCAUACUUGUCAUAGCUUUUUUCGAUAAAAUGGUGGAAUUUUAUUUUUGGGGAUUUUAUUUUGAUAUAAAGCAAACUAAUCGUGACUGUAUUCAGUUGUGACCCGGAGUAAUUUAAUUUUGGAUGGAUAUGUUCUAGUCCUGCAAUGGUCGUAUGUCACACUGAGGAAUAACUUCUCUGCACAGCUACUGUACAGCAUCUGCUUACAAAGUGCAAUAAAAGAUGGCAAUACAGCA